GAAAAGCAAAGCAUAUGUAUUUCUUCGAUGGCGCGAACAGGAAACUUACCUUGGAUACCCAUUCCAAGCAUCUAUCUACAUUACUCGAAAGAAAUGAAAAAACCCAAUUGUUCAUAAAUUUGAGAAUUUUUUUCUGCAACGCCGAUUUUUAUCCAUUUCCUAGCAGAUAAUUCAAUUAUUGUGAGGGGUUUAGCAGAAAUUGGGGAAAUUUUACAGGUGAAAGAGAGAUGGGUUUGCUCUCAAACAGAGUGGAGCGAAAUGAGAUCAAACCAGGGGAUCAUAUCUACACUUACCGAGCUGUCUUUGCAUACUCUCAUCAUGGUAUCUUUGUCGGAAGCAGCAAAGUGGUUCAUUUCACGCGUGUUUCUACCUCUUCCACAUCCUCCGACGAAGCAUACAGCGUGACUGCACAAUGUCCGACCUUUCCUGACUGUGGUUUGAGGCAGCCAGACAGUGGGGUUGUCCUCUCCUGCAUCGACUGCUUCCUCAACAACGGCUCCCUCUAUUCCUUCAAGUAUGGGGUGAGUCCAUCAAUUUUCCUUGCUAAAGUACGUGGAGGCACGUGCACGACUGCAGGAUCAGAUCCACCCGAGAUAGUCAUUCACCGAGCAAUGUAUCUAUUCAGGAAUGGAUUUGGGAACUAUGACGUGUUCCAGAACAACUGUGAGGAUUUUGCCCUGUACUGUAAGACUGGUCUCCUCAUAGUUGAUCGUCUAGGGGUGGGGAGAAGCGGACAGGCUUCUUCCGUCCUUGGUGCACCAUUGGCAGCUCUUCUCUCUUCCCCUCUCAAGCUGCUGAUGCCAAGUCCGAUCGGGGUGGCUACAAUGACAGCAGGAAUGUACUGCGUUAGUAGAUAUGCAACUGACAUUGGUGUCAGAACUGACGUUGUCAAGGUCUCUGUCGAGGAUCUAGCUAUGAAUCUUGGUUGGGGUAGUAAUGAAGAAACACCUCAAGAAAAUGAGGUCUCUAACAACCAACAAAUCAGGUGAUGCUAUGAACUAUACCAACAUUAAUGCCUAUGUUCUGUUGUUCGGAUAUGAGUGAAAAAUGUGACUGAACAGAAGUUGGUCUGAUUAAUAUGUUUGAUGUGGUGGAAUGUUGAUGAUUUGGUUGUUUAUGUUGGCUGUCUUGAUCA